CGCUGUGUUUCGCUCCAACUUUGUUUCAGCGCAAUCUAACACGCGCUUCUGCCCUUUCAAAUUGCCCACAAUACUGCAGUUAAUGGUUUGCUUGAAGGUGCGACUCUGCUAGACAGGAAGCUUUGGGCUCUCUCGCCUUUGAGUAGGCUAGAGCUGUUUUUCGCUGACAACGGUGGGGUCUGAAGUGCUGGCCGCCUCUCCCAUAGGCGUUUGACAGGAUAGUAUGGCGUCCCCUGCAAUUCUGCUAGCUGCCCUGGAAUACGCUGCACAAAUGAAGCGUAUUCGCCCAGAUCUGCCGAGCACAGCUUUACUCGCUGCCGAGCUUAUGAAGGUGAAAUCCAUCAUCGCCCGCAGUGUGGUCUCGCUUCCUGUAGAUUGCACUUUGAGCUCUAACCAGAGGUGCCACCUCCUGAACCUUGCACCAGGAUUGAAUGAGCUGCUACACGUAAUGACGGCUGAAAUUAGCGAGUGCGAUUUCGAAAAAGUUGCAGUGCGUCUGUCCGAAGGCCAUCCGGUGGGCAGGGACCAACUGGAAAAGUUCGGAGUGGCUGUCAUCUUUCUUCACUGUGUCCUCACCAAACAUCGGUGCGUGGAACGACUCGAGUUCGUGCUACCCCGGGAACAACGUGUUCAUGACCCAAUUCUUUGUGACGCACUGGUUUCUUUGACCUCGGUGACCAGCCUCUCCCUGAGACGUUGCUCGUUCAACGCCAACGACACCGCUAAAGUAUUCGCUGCUGUCGAUCGACUGCUGUUGUCGCAACUAGUUGAACUGUCGCUGGAGUUUCUUGAGAUUGACGCAGGUGACAGUGCUGCGUUGGAUAAUUUUAUGGAAGGCCUCAAGAAAACCACCACUCUCAAGUUUCUCAGGGUCCUCGGGGUUCGCUUCAACACCGAGCUUGAACAAUGGGCCUCUAUCUUCAGGGAAAAGACGCUUUAUGCUCUAUCUACGAACACCAGUCUCGUCAGCGUUGUCGUGGACGCUCCGACUUACGCAGAAGUAGAAGACACGAACCUCAAGACAAUGCUCAAGAAUCCUGCAAUUCCGGCUGAACUGACCGUCAUUUCUCACAAGCACAACCAACAUCGGAAGUCCUAUUUGGUUUUUGAUGCAUUGGCGGCUAACAAGACAGUGACCAAAGUGCACAUCAAGAACUUCAAUCUCUAUUCUAAAGACAUAGAAUAUCUCGCUAAAAUGCUGUCUGUAAACAACACCAUACAGGAGCUUUGCCUCGCGAAGUCUGCGUGGGCCAUACCGAUGCCGAAUGUCGGGAUGAACCAGCCGCUCCUCAGGCCACAUGUCCGACAUCUUGUGGAAGGUUUGUCGAAGACAAUGUCCCUGCAGCGCCUCGCUGUUCGGUGCCACUUUUCUGCCGAUGAGAUUCGUAGAAUCCUCACAGCAGCUGACCUGUGUGAAUCGCUGCAGGAGCUUCACUUUCCCAGCCUAGAAAGUAUCAACUGCCGACAAAUAUACGAUGCGCUACAGGACACCGGAGUUCCUAGCAAGCUGACCAUAGAGAGAUUGUGUCUCCCGGCGGACUCCGAGCUAGCAAAGAUGGUUAUCGUCUUCAGCCAAGCCCUCCGAGACCGUAGCCGCUCUGAGCCUUUGAAUCUCGUGCAUGCGCGCCUUGGCCACUCGUGCGAGCCUCUGGGAGCCAGGUGCGGAGACCACCUGAGGGUUCUUUAUUUCACGUGCAAUGCGAGGAAUGUGCACCCCGAUAUCCCACGUGGCAUAAGGGCCUAUUUGGCGGUGACAAAAAGCCUGGAGAAGCUGCACAUGGAAUUUAUAGCAGCAUAUGACAUGACCCAUAUCAUCAUAGACGGUCUAAGGAGGAACAAGAGCGUCAAGGAGCUCCACAUGCUCAAAUUCUCAAUGAGGGUGCAGAGCAUGGGUGACCUAUGUCGUUGGUUGACGGGAAAUCAGCUUGUACACUGCCUGGAGAUGAAUUUUUAUAUUGUUUUCGAAAGCGCUCUGCUCAUCGGCCUCGCAAAGUGUCUCAAGUACAACUACACGCUCACUUCGGUCGACGUACAUGAAGUUGAUCAUAGUCACUGGACUGCAUUGCUCAUACAGAAUUCGGUGAGGCGCAACAACGCAUCUCUGAAGCGCGCUGCGGCCCACGUUAUCGGUUCCUCACGGACAUCCGCAGCAAUCGCCUACAGAAACAUGUGGUGGCACCCUCAGCUUAAGGCGGAAGUGCAGCGAAUGGCAUCUAUCAGCGAAGGCGAGGCCAACCAGAAGAUUCUCGAUGCUGAGGAGUGGCGCCGUGCUCUUGAAAGUACCGAUACGAAUUCCUCCAAGCCAUAGUAAAGAAACGUAGUUCUUCGUGCUUCAGUAGCGGUGCAUGUUUUAUGUAUAUAAUAAAAGGAAAUGAAUGA